AUGGAUGAUGAACUUGGUACUGAGGUUGAAAUUUCCAUAGCAUGCAGGAACCUUGCUGAUACCGACGUUCUUUCAAAGUCAGACCCAGUUGUGGUUGUUUUCGAAUUUUGUCCGGCUCUUGAAGAUUGGAGAGAGAUUUGGAGGUCUGAAACCAUACAGAAUAAUUUAAAUCCAAACUUUUCAAGGAAGUUGGUGCUGCAGUAUCACUUUGAGGAGCAAAAGAAGUUAAAAUUUGCUGUGUACGAUGUAGACGAUCCAAACGAACCUCUGCGUCACCAGGAUGAAAUCACCUUUAACAUAAGUGCCAAAAAUCUGGACAAGAAGGACAUUAUUGGACUUUCAGAUCCUUUUCUUGCUUUUUAUCGGCUGCAUGAAAAUGGAAGUGUCACCGUUGCCCAUCGAACGGAAGUUAUUAAAAACACUUUGAAUCCUUCCUGGAGUACCAUGAUAUUGCCAGUUCGACUUCUUUGUAACGGGGACCUCAAUCGGUAUGUUCUGCAUUUCUCGCUCAAAUUCCUCCAUUCGCUUCUUCGUCUUUUUUCUUAA